GCUCCUUCGGGCCAUUGUUCGACUUCCUGGCUGUUGCGAAGGCCAAGAUCAUCUGUGCACAGGAGACGAGGAUUGUGGAGUCACGCCUCGGGGAGUUCCAGCACCGAGCCAAGGACCUCGGCCUCCACGGGAUGUGGGCACCAGCCCUGGCGACCAACGCCAGGGGCCCGCAGGCCAAUCACUGCGGGGUCGCCAUACUGGUGCCCACGAACGUGAUGAUCACGAAGCCUCCUGACGGCGACCCCAUCAUCUACCCAGGCAGAGCGGUUGCCAGCUUUGUCAAUUGGGGCGUUCCUGGGGGGGUGAUUGUGGUCAGUGCAUACUUGGUGACGAGCAUUGGGCUGACGGGUGAGAACCUUUCCAUUCUGUGGGCCAUAGCGCAGAGAGUUGCGACCUGGAAUGCUGCGGGUUUCGAUUGGAUCUUAGCAGGCGACUGGAAUUCUGACAUAGCAGCUCUGAAUGCGAGGAGGUGGAUUGAGUCUCUUGCUGGGUUGUCUUACACGCCAGCGUCGGCCACGUGCUGCAAGGAGGACGGCAAGUCUACGAUCGAUUACUUCAUCGCGCGUGCAAAUCUGUCGUCUAGGCUAGGGGCUGCAGUGGUGGAAGAUAUGUACGGCACAAUACCACCCCCGCAUUACCCAGUUAGUAUCGACCUCCUGGGCAAAGAUAGGCCAGCAUGGUGUCUCGUGCCAGACGAGCCAAGGGCUUUCCCUGUUACUCCGCCAUGUGGGUGCGCCAGGUUCCCGUACCCGUGGGAGGCAGUGGACCAUGUUUUUCUGGAAGUCAAGGAGGUUGCAGAUUUGGCCCUGCUGUGGGGCACAGUCCUGGACGGUAUCGAUUUCGAGCUGGCAGGGAGGUAUGACAAGGUUGACAAGGACGCGGCCCCUUUCGUCGGCAGGUCAGGCCCUCCACGUUUCAAGUGGAAGCUGCUGGCAUGGGAACCUCCGCGUCGGCGUACGUACCGCGAGCCCAAGGUCUAUGCUUGGGCGACGGCCAAGAGAUGGUGUCAGCAUCUCAGGUCGGAGCGGGACCGACUAGGCAGGUUUUGUCAGCGGUUACAGUUGGCUUCAGUGGUCUGCCAGCUAACGCCCCUGCAGUACACCAAGGUGUUGCAGGCCUUCUACGAGGUGGGCCAAUAUUGCCGCAGGAUCGCCCGCGACAAGAAGACAUGUCACUACCUUGAUCAGGACACCGUAGACUUCCUGCUGCGGGGCCUGGGCAUGAUCGGCGAUGCUGACUUCGACUCGGGCCUGGACAACAUCACGAGGAAGGCCGAUGAUGUGCUGAAGGCAGCGAGAGGGGCCUCGGAGAAGGCUUGGCGAGGCUGGGCCAAGCAGGCUUUCUUAGGUGGGGCCAGUCGGGCCCAUGCAGCCUCCAAGGUGCGCGGCAAGCAGGAGCAGCUCAAUUUCGACGUGAACGCGCAGCCGUACCUGCUGGCAAACCACACCCUUGACGUGUGGGAGGGAGUAUGGCGGCAUCACGACCUUUUGCCCCCAGGGCUGCCGCCAGGCCACGAGAGCUGGCCUGCUCUGCCCGAGCUCGACCACCAGCAAGUGCGGGCUGUCAUUCGCAAGUUUUCGGCGCGGACGGCAGCUGGGCCGAGCAGAAUUUCACCCAGAUGCCUGGACGCUCUGUCGGACCAAGCGCUCGAGCGCAUGGCCAAGAUGUUUAUGGUUUUCGAGCAGUGGCUGUCCUGGAGACCAGUUUCGGCAGCGUGGCAGGCUGGCUACCAGUGCGACCAGAUGUGGGGCACGAGAGCGGGCCACACGUCUACGGACUCGGCGUUUGAUCAUAAUAUUCAGCAGGGGAUCCUAGCUGGGUGUACUCACGCUACGUACGCCUUGUACUUGCUUACCUAUAGGUCGGUGCAGAGGGUCUCGAAGGUCUCCCCCACGGUGACCCCGAGGACGCUCAUGGACGACAUUGGGCUCCAACAUACCUCCCAGGACCCCACGGAGGCCAAGUGCCUUGCGCUGGCGGCGAGGGGUUUCAUCCAGGACUCCAAGGGCCUCGGCAUGAUCUUGAAGGCUUCCAAGUCUGGGGCUGUUGUUGGUUCUCGGAAGUUCUGGAAGGGGGUGCAGCGCCACAUGGGCUCCAUGAAGAUCCCGUACAAAGGCCACAUGAGGAACCUUGGUCACGAGCUCACGGGGCCCAAGGUGAUUCGAGGCAUGGAAAAGAAGCGUCUCAAACAGCUCAGAGAGAGGAAGGCGAGGUUUUCCAUGCUGAAGUCUGCUGUCGGCAAGGUCGCGACGGCUCUGUGGCGCACAGGCGCCCUCCCAUCAGUGGCGCACGGUGCUGCAGUUGCUGGAGUAAGCGACGUUGCACUUCGAGAGUUGCGUCUUUUCGCCGCCGUCUUGAACGGCGCGCCAGGUAAGUUUAAUACUGGUGUGACCGCCUACUUGGUUAGCCACAAGAGCGAUUUCUACGAUCCUAUUUACCACGCCACUCUAGCCAUUGUCAUCAAGUUUGCGGAGUGGGUCUGGGACAGGAGAAUACCCGACAGCAAGCCAGCGCUGGCCUCGCCCGCGACGCUGGGCGCUAUCGAGGAGAGUGCAGCGUCCAACGGGUCCUUCUGGACGCUCGUGCUGGUGAACGAA